AUGUUCGUGUCAGGAGAAUCUGCAGAAGCCUCUGUGGAAACCACUACACUUAUUGAAGAGAUAGUACGGCAACAAGUUAUUGAAAUGCUCUCACGGAGCACCACGCUAGCUGCCAGACGAGGCGUUAGAUCAAUAUCUACAGACGAUCUAUUUUUCUUGAUACGGCAUGACAAAGCCAAGGUUUCUCGCCUGAAGACUUUUCUUUCCUGGAAAGAUGUUCGAAAGAACGUUAAAGACUCUGAUGAUAAAGGCGGUGCUGAUACCGCCGAUUUUGGAGCUGGAGACGAUGCCCUCGUAGGAGCUGGUGUUGCCGGUCCUCAGGAAAUCGCAGCCAAACCUAAGAAUAAAAGGGCCAAAAUCGGCCUUCCUUGGGACCUGAACAGUUUAUAUUCCAUCCAGGUACCCGAAAGAGAAGACGAGGAAGAUGAGGAAGAAGAGGAGCAGAAUUACGCCACACUCCAACGCCUCGCUACUGCGGAUGAACGUACGAAGAAUAUGACCCGUGAAGAAUAUGUCUUCUGGUCAGACUGCCGGCAAGCAUCGUUCACUUUCAGAAAGGCCAAAAGAUUCAGGGAAUGGGCUGGGUUUGGUAUUGUGACAGAUUUCAAGCCAAAUGACGAUAUCGUCGAUAUCCUUGGCUUCCUUACCUUUGAGAUUGUGCAGACAUUAACUGAGGAAGCUUUGAAAGUCAAAGAGCAGGAAGACCGUGGCAAGAAGGGACUUGGAGCCUCAGAGGAUGGAUCGGGGGAGAAGAAGAAGAGGAAAAGGGAGACCGGACUGUUUGAUCCUCCAGAAGAAGGACGAACCCCUAUCGAGGCAAGACAUGUCCAUGAAGCGUAUCGAAAACUUCAGGCUACGCCAAGCAAGGCAGUUGCGAUGUUCCUUCACGGGGGUCGUGCUCCUCUAAGGACUCCUUUACGUCUUGUGAGUUAUCUUCGAAAACAGAUACGAUGA